AUGAAAGCUUCGUAUUUGAUCUGUGGACUAUACGUCCUUAUAGACUUGGCCAUUUGUGAUGAACGCAACUUCCGCGUUUACAUUGAUGAGUUUGCGAUUAAGUAUACGGUGCCAGAUAUUAUCGAAAAGGCUGAAUGUAAUCUGGUUCAAUUAAAUAAUCGGAGUUACGUCAACACGGAGAUGGUGCUUAGGAGGAAUGUUGAAGACGUAGAUGUCCGUUCCGUUAUGGAUUUUUGGAAGCCAAAAUUUCAGAAAAAAAUAAGGAUGUACGAAGCUCGUGUGAAUGUAUGCAACAUGCUUCGAUCUUUUCACAAAAACAAACUUUUAAAUUCCUAUGUGAAGAGUUUUAAAAUGCAUGCUAAUGUUAUUUUGCUGUGUCCAUUUAAAGCGAAUUUUACCUAUAAGAUGGUAGAUUGGUAUGUAAAUGAGCAGGAUCUACCACCGAUGCUGUUUUUAGGCAAAUUCCGGUCAAUUACCGAAUAUUUUAGCCAAGAAAGGUUAAUAGGACGUCUUGUAGUUCAUGGCGAAGUUUUGCCCAAGCAAUAA